CUGAGGCGAAGCUUUCCCAUCUUCGUUCCUCAACAGCUUGUAAAGUGACUAAACCACCGGUAUCAUUAUGCACCUCAUCCUUACCCUUCUCUCCCUCAUCCCCUUGGCCCUUGGGGCACCCACGGCUCGCGCAGCCACCUGCGAUCGCGACUUCCUCAAAGCCCAGGCUGCUUCCUACGUCGCCGCCCAAAAGGCCGGAUCCCCCUCUCUCCUAACUAACUCCUCAUCCUCCGAAUCAACCAUCAGCUACACCCAAAACUUCAAGACCGCCACUCUCUCCACUGGCAUCCUUUCCACCCCUUUACGCAUCGACCACAACCGCAGCAUCUACGACACCACCCAAUGCGCCACCUACACCGAACUCAUCAGCACCGAACCCAACAAACAACACGUCAUCGGCACACAACUCCGCUUCUCUCCCGAGACCUUGACCCUCUCCAAAAUCGAAACCAUCGUCACCUCCAAAGGCGACUGGCUCUUUGACCCGUCUUCCACACUCAAGUACUCCUCCCAAGAAUCAUCCCAAGGGCUGUGGGACGAGAUCCCCCUCGCCAAGCGGGACACGCGCGCGGUAAUCCAAGCGGCUGGCGACGCGUAUUUGGACCUGUUCAACAACAAGAGCGUCAAAGUGCCGUGGGGAACACCGUGCGCAAGACUAGAAGGCGGGAGUUAUAUCCAGCCGAGCUGUAAUGUGGGCGUGCCGAGCGGGAUCAGGAAUGUGAAUAGACGGUAUGUGGUGGAUGAGGUGGUGGGAACGGUGGAUGUGUUUUUUGAGUUUGCGGGGAUGCAGCCGGAUAGUCAUGAGUUUAGGGUGGAGGGGGGGAAGUUGAGGUUGGUACAUACUAUGACUGUUAUGAAGUAG